UAUAUUUUAUUUUUUAUGUAUCAGGGAUGUUCAUGCCUAACAAUAAUAGUUGGAAUAGUGUUAAUACAUAUUUCAAAAGCAGCUCUACCCACUGGAUGUACUAGUGGCACUCCGACUUGCCCCGGCAAUUCCGCUUGUAAGAGAGAUGCGUGUGUUUGUAACGACGGUUUUAAGCUUGACUCAACAAAAAAUGGAUGUGAAGCAAAAGUAUUUGGUGAUUCUUGUGAUUCAACAAACGGUUGCACAGGUUUAUUGAAUACCGCUUGUACAAAUAGCAAAUGCGAAUGUGCUGCCGGAUAUGCAAACAAGAAUUCUGUUUGUACCAAAGUUAUUGGAGGAUCAUGUUCAGGAACUGCUGCAUGUCCUGGUGACGUUAAUACAAUUUGCAAGAAUUCCUUAUGCGCGUGUGCUGAUGAUUAUGUAGAGAAAACCAACGUUUGCACAAAACGUAAUUUUGUUUUUAUUUAAUUGUAUAUGUAUUUAGGACGUAUCUAUUGACGCUUUGUUUAAAAAGAAUUUGCAGUCAGUAAACGAACUUAAUUAUAUAAAUAAGAAGGAUUUGUGUGUUUGAGGUAUGUAUUAUAUUCAAUAUUUACUUUGUUUUAGCAUGUGUGCAUACUGUUACUCAUUAUUUUACGUAAAAAGGAUUUCAGAUGGGAUGCGUCAGACGGUGACAUGCAUUCCAUAUGAAAUACAUUUAAUGAUCCUGUAAGAAGAAACUACAACAAAAAUACGGUCCGGUGUAAGAUUGUCGAACGUAGUUAUUCAGGAUAUUAUGUAGAUUGAUCUACGUACAUAUGCUAACAAAAAACAAUCACUACAACAUGUUGUCUAUAAGGAAAAGGUAGAAGGAAAAUGUUUUUAUUGAUAAAUAAUUUAUAGGGUAUAUCUUCAGUGCAAUUCUUUUGUCUAGGCUAUGAUUCAAAAUGUUUAAGAAAAAUCAGCUUGAAACAACUCUCAUAUACAAUAUUUGUACUUUUUUCAUUGCCUUUUGAUGAGUAUUUAAAUGACAGUGUUUGCAUUUUAAAUCGUUUUGUUACAAUUGUUCGGCGGGGGAUUUGGCAGUUUAUGACUGCUAGCUAGUAUCAGUGAAAAUGAAAUGUGAGGAACAAAUUAUGAUUAAAAAUUUUGUUGCGAUUUCAUGUUGUUUUAAAAACCAAGCAAGUCAAAAAAUGUUUGAUGCAAAGUUGGAAAAGUAGAUGCUUUGACUAAAGAAUCCUUUAAUACCCAACCAAUAGAAUUAUUGAUAUUAAACCUUUUAUAAGUAAACCCACUUUGAAUGUCAUGAUCUUGGACAAUUCAUGAAAGAUUGUUAUUGAGUAUAUUCACUUCUUUCCAAGGGCCACUGAUUUCGUUAUAGAAAAACCUGCCUUUGAAUAUGAGUGUACUUCUUUCAAUGCCUGACAGUUAACAAUGAAGAUAAGCAUAAUCUUAUUUAUUCGCAGCUGACUGUUUGGGGGAAAUUCAAGCGUAUGUAAAGAGCGGUUGGUUUAUUGAUUAAUCGAUACCAACUCCCUUAAUAAUGUUGUAUUUAUUUGAAGAUUUCUUAAUUUGUUUUUCUUAAUUUAAACUGUAAAAUGUUAGCAAUAUGUGUUAUUUGAAUAAAACAAAUGUUUUAUGACCAAGAACAAAAUUAACAAUAUAAAACCAAAAGUAAAAAUAAAUAAGACUUACUUAAUGAUUAAAGUCUUUUAUUAUCAUAAGUCUAAGAUCAAGCAAAGUCAGGUUUAAUUUUGUCUGUAUAAACUUAAGCAACCAUUUUUCUGAAAACGGAAAUUAUUAGAAUAAUUAUACCUUUUAUCUUGUUAAGCAAGGGUUUCUUCGAUAGCGUGUCCUACAGAUAGUGAGUGUAAUAAA